UGCUUUGGUGGAAUUGUAUCUUGCGGUUGUGAAUUGAGGGCACCUCUCGAACGGCAACAGGACUCAACCAAAAUGGCAAAGUUUUUCAAGCCCAACCAGAUGCAGGAGUUCAAAGAAGCUUUUACGCUGAUCGACGCCAACAGGGACGGCGUUAUCUGCAUCAACGACCUCAAAGAAAUCUACUCCAGCUUGGGCAGAAUCCCCCCAGACAGCGAGUUAGAGUCUAUGCUUAAGGAGUCCUCUGGUCCACUUAACUUCACAAGCUUCCUUAACCUGUUCGGCGAGAAGAUGGGAGGAACUGACGGCGAGGAGACCAUUAAGAACGCUUUCGCUAUGUUCGACGAUGAGGGCAAGGGAACGCUGGCAGAGGAAUACAUCAAGGACUUGUUAGCAAACACUGGUGAUAACUUUACCGCCGAUGAAAUCAAGCAGACGUGGAAGGAGGCCCCCAUUGCCAAGGGACAGUUCGACUACAAAGGGUUCACAGCCAAACUGAAGGGUAGAGAAGAGGAUCAAAACUAGAUCAUUAUGUGUCUAUAACGUUCUCACCGUCACUUCACGCCUCACCUUGACCCUCACCCUAACCUUGACCCUCGGGUGACGCUCUGUGUACACCUCGGGGGCAGAUUCACUUCAGACAGACAUCGCCAUGGACAUUGUAAUUGACAGCUGAAAACGAGGCUCGCCGCGAAGACGUCUACCAGAACGAGGUCCCUACUAGAGGUUGUGAUUGUCCUGAAUUGAAGUUUUGCCUGUUUUUAUUAAUUUAGAAGUGAUAUGAACUGCGUAUAACACUCCUUGUAUAUAAGUGAAUUGCCUUGAUAUGAAUAUAUACCUAGAGCUGUUCCCUGGUAGGCUUUGCCGCGAUUGGCCGAGUCUGAUGCUGUGUUGGAGCUAUCCGCUCUGGUUUCGUAUUUAGGAACGUGUUCUGGAAAGAUCUGUCUGUCUUGGCUGAGUUCCUGGCGCCGCACCGGGUCUCGGCCCUCAUCUCUCUCCCCACCCCUUACAACAAGGGCUCAUUUCCCCCUCCCUGGCUACAUAUACGGUGUGCCCAACCCACCGUGGUUUCCAACAUACGGGGCCAGUGCCACCAGUGAGAUCACGACAGCCGGCGACCUUGUACAUACAACAGAGGAAAUUCAUGCCUCUGUAUGAAUCAAUCCGAUGUCGAUUUGUGAUUUAUUUGUUUAAUAAAACAAAUGUGCACAGAG